AUGACUCAGAGAAUGGAAAAAUAUGAUUUUUUGCAAAAAGAUAUGGAUGGAUCUUCUUCAGCAAUAAAUUCAACAGCUAAUGAUGAUUUUGCUUUAGUUGCCAUGAAUGAAGAUCUUGAUAAGCCAAGAGAUUCUGUAAUUAUGACGUCACGAAAAAGUGAAGUUGAACGAUUAAAAUCUGUUGGAUCUAAAGGUUUUACUGCUGUAAGCGUUGAUGAAUUAAAAAGUAAAAUAAGUGAGCUUGAAGCUGAAAAAGAAGGAUUGGAGGAAGCUAAUAAAGCAUUCUGUGAAGAGCGUAAGAAGCUCGAUCAAAAAUUAGAUUCAUUAUUGAAACAGUUACAAACAGCAGGGCGUGAAGGUAAUAAAGGAGCAGCACAAUUAUCAGAAUUACAUGCUAGGCUGACAGAAAUUGACCAAGAAUAUAAUAAUUAUAAACAAAAGUCUAUAACUGAUAUUCAAGAGAUGGAGUCAGAGAUUACAAGAUUAAUUGAUGUAAAUCAACAACUUGAAAAAGAAUUAAGUAAAAUAAAUUCAAACAUACUAACCCCAGAUAAUGUAUCGAUCAAGUCAAGAAGCAGCGUGACAUCAUUUGAUGUUGUACCACAUUCACCUGGAUCAAAGGUUGGUAGUGGUGGUGUAGCUGGAUAUUCAGAAACAAAUGAUCCAUAUUUUAUGAAAAAUCAUCUUGGUUCUUAUGAGUGUAAACUUUGUUUAACUUUACACACUAAUGAGGGUAGUUAUCUUGCUCACACUCAAGGUAAAAAACAUCAAACAAAUCUUGCUCGUAGAGCUGCACAUGAAGCAAAAGAAAACAACAAUAUACAACCUGCCUUACAAAAUCAACCAAAAAUCCAAAUAAAGAAAAAUUUAUACCCUGAAAUUGGAUUGGAUGUUAUACCUCAUCAUCGAUUCAUGUCAGCUUAUGAACAAAGAGUUGAACCACCAAACAAAGCACAUCAAUAUUUGCUUUUUGCUGCUGAACCAUACAAAGUAAAGAGACUGGGAAUGUACUCUGAAGGUGUUCCACCUGGAAUGGAAAGACCUCCUAUUGUGAAUCCAUUUAAUGCACCAACUAUGCGUGGACCUACUUAUGUAUAG